GUUUUUUUUUUUUUUUUUGUUUCUAGCACCGCUUUUUGUUUGGGUUAGAAUCUGCAACGCUACUCGUCCACUCAAGCCCGCGAUCUAUUGUUUACUGCGGCUUCCUUAGAUGUCAUCGUUCGAGCCAAGCACGUCAUCGACGACUUCGUGCGCGCCCAUGGCAGUCGCAGCAGUGCCCGCUGUUCGGCCGUCCAUGCAGCUGGACCCGCACCUGCUGACCGACUCGAGCUCGUCGUCCUCCAACACUGCGACAGCAAGCACAGCUGGUGCGACAACAUCCUCAUCCUUGUGGGCAAACAUGCCACUGGCCCGCUCGAGCUCUGCGCCGCCUCAGCUCGCCAAUCUUCCGCAGGAACUGGUCGAUUCGUCCGCGCCAGACAAGUUCCGAUGGGACCCGGCGUAUUAUUACUUUUAUUACUCGCAACGGCCCCUCGACCCGCGUCUGCCGCCACCGCUUUAUCAUCCAGGUGCCGCCGAUGCCCCAGGCAUUACUUCUCAGCCAGGCGGAGAAACAGUCACCGCACAGUCGUCCCAGCCGCAGCCGCAGCAGCUGUCCGCGCCCAUGCCAAGGCCCACGAUCGCAGUUGGCAGUGGCUCGGCAUCGCAAAACCCACAACUUAGCGCGGUCGCUGAUAUUCAGCGCAUCACCAGCCCGAAGCCGCGAAACCUGGUCGAUAUGAUUCAAGAGGACUUUCCCCGGACCCCAUCGCCCGUGUACCAAGCAAAGGUGUUGGACAAGGAAAAGUCCCGCUCGUCGUCCUCCCUCGCUGCCAGUGUUCGCCCCAAGCCGAUUGCUAGUGGCAUGACUGGCUCGCAGCAGAAUUUGGAUGUCGAUUCGACCGCACGAACGCUUGCAGAGCUCAACCUCCUAUCCGACGCUCGCGCCACAGAAGGUCUCCUUGGCUCGAGUGGCAGCGGAAGCAGCAGCUCCUUGUUGCGUCAGCAAUCGCUUCCAGUCGUUGCAGAAGGGCUUGCGCGACCAAGCAAUGGAAAUGCCCCGAAUCUCGACGUGGCAUUUGCACUUUUGGGCACUAACAGUGUCAGCAGCAGCAGCAGCAGCGGUAGCGGUAGCAACAGCAACGGAGCAGAAGGCGUUCAUAGCGUCGGUUCUAACAGCUCCAUUAGUUCGGCAAGCUCCAGCCAAAACGGACAUUCUUCUGGGAACAAUGCCGCGACUGGAUUUGCGGCUGCUCCAGCUGAUCUCUUGGCGUUGCAGCAGCUGCAGAGCAAACAGGCGGCUGCUCUGCUCGCUUCGCCUCCUGCGCUCGCCAUGGCUGCCACGGCCUUGUGUCAGCACCCGGUGGCCCUGGCAGGUCUUUUGGCGAACGUAGCAAUGACCAACCACUCUGUCACCUCCCCAUUAGUGAACGCCUUGCUCGCGUCGGCAGACUUUUACUUGUCGGCUGCUGGCGUUGCACCGGUGAGCGAUUUGACGAUGCCUUUCCAGUUCGCUCCCAUGCCAGGCUCCGGAUUGCCGGCCGUUGCUGCCACGACGGCACUUGCUCAGUCUCAAGCGGCGUCCGGGCAGCAGGCACACUUCCCGCCUGCGCAGCAAUCCCCUCACGCGACUUCCCACCGCGCCGCCGGUCGCUUCCACGACGAGCGCGAAGCCAGCAUUUCUUCAUCCCACUCCUCACCCGCAACUCAGUCGCCAGCAAGCCCCGCACAGUCCCCUCACGCACAGGCCGGCAUGCAGCCUCGGUCGAAGCUGCUUGAAGAGUUCCGCAACUCGCGUCUCCCUGAUCUCACCCUGACCCAGCUGAAAGACCACGUUGUCGAAUUUGCCAGCGAUCAACACGGCUCCCGCUGCAUUCAGCAACGACUCGAAACCGCUACCGAGCGCGAGAAGAAUCUCGUGUUUGACGAGAUUUUGCCGCAUGCGCUGCACCUCAUGACGGACGUGUUUGGCAACUAUGUCAUUCAAAAGCUGUUUGAGCACGGCACCGCCGCCCACCGCCUCGAGCUUGCUCGUCGGCUGGAAGGCCACAUUCUUCGGCUGUCUCUUCAAAUGUACGGCUGCCGCGUCAUUCAAAAGGCCGUCGAGUCUAUCCCCGAGCCACAACAAGUUGCCCUUGUCCGCGAGCUCGAAGGAAGCGUGAUUAUGUGUGUCAAGGACCAAAACGGAAACCACGUUGUUCAGAAAUGCAUUGAACAAGUGCCCGCGAUGCACUUGCAGUUCGUUGUGGACUCGUUCCGUGGUCUGGUGCCGUCGCUGUCCACCCACCCAUACGGCUGCCGUGUCAUUCAGCGCAUUCUCGAGCACUGCACUCCCACGCAGGUCAUGUCCAUGCUGCAGGAAGUCCUCGGUAACUGCUCCCGCCUGAUUCAAGACCAGUACGGCAACUAUGUCAUUCAGCACGUGCUCGAACACGGUCCACAAGAGGCAAAGGCCAUUGUUCUCGACGCCAUGCGAGGCCGCAUUGUGCCGCUGAGUCAGCACAAGUUUGCCUCGAACGUUGUGGAAAAAUGCAUCGUGCAUUCGGCCGAUCUGGAGCGCGUGGCCCUAAUCAAUGAAAUUCUGGUGCAGAGUGAUCCAGGCAGUCCCACGUCCGCGCUGCUCGCUAUGAUGCGAGAUCCGUUUGCCAACUAUGUCGUGCAAAAGAUGCUGGAUGUCGCUUGCGAGGACCAACGCAAUCAGCUGAUUGCGCGUAUUCGGCCAAACAUUCUCAGUCUGCGAAAGUACACCUACGGCAAGCAUAUCAUUGCCAAGGUUGAAAAGGCUCCGAUUGUGCAAGCCGUACCAGUGGUUGCCUCCUCCUUCGGAAACAAGCUGCCCGUCUACACGUCUCCGCCCUCGUCCGCCGGGGUUGCUGGAACUCAGCAGCCGCAGCCUCAUUCGUCGCCGGCUCACCAGCCACAGCCCCAAGGCCACCAUCAUCACCACCACGCCCAGCAACACCAGCAUCAGCAUCAACAUCAGCAUCAGCAUCAGCACCAGCACCAGCACCAGCACCAGCAAGGCUUUUACAGUCGACCACCACAGCAUGGACACUCCCACCACAUUCCACUGCAGUAUUUCGGUGCGGCUGCUGGUCCGCAGCAACCUCCAAUGAUGCAGCCUUUUGCUGGGCAAGCUCGAGGCUAUGCGCCUUUCGGCUUCGGAGUACCUCCUGGGUUUCCUGGCCAGCCAUCUCAGCCAUCGCGCCCUGGAUUCUACGGGCCCAUGUAAAACUGUUCAUAAUGCGAAUUGUGUAAAUGUGUACAAACAAAAAGAAUAAAGUGUAAAUGUGUAAGCUGCA